UCGAAAAAUUCGCGUCCACAUCGUUGACCGUCGGAAAGUUUUGUCUACCACUAUUUCUCUUCAAAUUUGCCAUGGCUCAGCAGCGCAUGGCCUUGUGGGCCGCGGAGGACAUUGAUGAAGAACUUCAAGACGUCGAUCUGUCGCUAGCGAUUGGGAGCUAUGGGCAGAACGGCUUUGACGAGGCGCAAAUACCUCCUCAAUUUGACGAAACUACCCUAAUAACAGCGCAGCAUAUGGCACAGCAAGCUGCUUUUGCCCAAAUUCCUGAUGUUGUGAAAAGCUUUAUCGUUCAUUUCCAUCAAGCAGUGCUGGACAACAACCUAAACGAGAUUACGAUUGCGUAUGAAAGUGGCUGGAACAAGUUCACAGAGAAGUUCUAUUCGCGGACAGAAUGGCCUGAAGCUGAAAUUAUUGCGCCUCUUGUUAACGACGAUCCUAUCUUCCUGAUUCUCUAUCGAGAGCUAUACUACCGACACGUCUAUUCACGCUUACAGCCCGACAUUGACGACCGGUUCCAUUCUUAUGAGAACAGCUGCGAGUUAUUCAAUUAUCUCCUCAAUUCUGAUGGUCCUGUCGAACUGGAGUUGCCUGAGCAAUGGCUAUGGGACAUUAUCGACGAAUUCAUCUACCAGUAUCAAGUCUUUUGUACUUGGCGAUCAAAAGUAGCAUCUAAAUCUCCUGAAGAACUUAGUGUGCUCGAGGAUGGAGGAGGGGUGUGGAGCUCUUACAGUGUCCUGAACGUCUUAUAUUCUCUCAUCCAAAAAUCGAAAAUACACUUGUAUAUUGAAGCUACGCAGCAGGGAAAGUCUGCCGAUGAAAUUGCUGAAAUUGUUGGGCCGUACGGUGUACGUCCGCUGUACCGAAUGCUGGGUUACUUCAGUAUCAUUGGGCUACUCCGUGUCCACGUUCUUCUGGGUGAUUUCACAUUGGCGUUAAAGGUGAUGGACAACGUCGAACUCAACCAAAAGUCACCCUUCACUCGGGUAACCGCUUGCCAUGUCGCUACAUACUACUACGUCGGUUUCUGUUACAUCAUGUUGCGACGGUACCCAGACGCUAUUCGCACAUUUGUGACGAUAUUGAAUUUCAUCAUGCGGAUGAGGCAAUACCAUACCAGGAGCUACCAGUAUGAUCAGAUCAGCAAAACAGCAGACAGGAUGUAUGCCUUGUUCGUAAUGUGUAAUGCGCUAUCGCCCAGUCGGCUCGAUGACAACAUUACCAAUGUCGCUAAGGAACGGUAUAGUGAACAGCUUGCCAAGAUGGUUAGAGGAGGUGAAGGUGCCUUGCCUGCAUUCGAAGAGCUUUUCCUCUAUGCAUGUCCAAAAUUCAUUAAUGCGACCUCUCCACCAUACGAGGAUCCCAAUGCCAUAGCACAGAUCAUUCAGGAUUCAUCGCCUGAUACCUACGUCGAUCCAGCUCACCGCCAACUACGUUUGUUCUUGUCUGAUGUAGUAACUCAGGCGCCAGUUCCAACACUUCGGAGCUUUUUGAAGCUAUACACCAGUCUCGGCUCUCAAAAGCUAGCAAGCUUCCUGGAUGUUGACGAGGAGGAAAUGAUUCAGGAGAUGAUGGUAUUGAAGCAAUGCAGUCGUAGCAUCAGCCGAGUAGGGGGAGAUAAAAUCAGUCUACUAGAUGGCCAGACCAUCACCACUAGUGACCUUAACUUUGUCAUUGACGAGAACAUGGUACAUAUAGCCGAAUCCACUGUUGGCAGGCGGUUCGCUGGCUGGUUCAUCAAGAACACUGAGCGUACUCAACGGAUAUUUGACGACCUCAAGAAUACCCCGCUUCCCACUCCUCCAAAAGGUGCCAUAAACAAUGUUAGCCCUGUUGAUACGUCUACGAAGCAUAGGCCAGCGGGGAAGGUCGCUUGGGGUAGCGUUACCUCAAAAUCUUGAGUACUUUGCUACUCCGGACCGGCAGUGUUGUUAUGAUAUAUCCAUGUACAUCGUAAAAUACAUUGCAGGAGCGGUUGAACCUUUGUACAGUUCUAAAUUUCCAAAAGAUAUCUCAUUUAGGUAAUUGUAUUAUUUUUUUGUAACACCCGCCGGCAAUUUUUCCAUCCUGGUUUGCUCCUCUAC